AUGUACUAUCUCCUCCCGUUAUGUCAUCUUUGGAGUAUCGCGUCAGCACAGAUCGUCUACUCCAUAUCAGAGGAAUCUAACCAGGGCACUGUUGUUGGACAUUUGGCCAAGGAUUUGCAUCUAGACGUGCAGCAACUUGAAUAUCGUGGGUUUAAGAUAUCCGGACCCAAUCAGAGGUAUUUUGAUGUAAAUAAAACAACUGGAAUUCUGUCCGUGAGAGAGAGAAUAGACAGAGACGAGCUCUGUGCUAGGAGCACGAAGUGUUGGUUAGAACUGGAAGCCAUUGUGAAUUUGCCAUUGAAUCUAUACAGAUUUGAAGUGAAUGUUUUGGAUAUAAAUGACAACUCGCCGUCGUUUAGGUCCUCUAAAACAUAUUUGAAUGUAUCUGAAUCUGCAUUUCCAGGGGAGAGAUUUCCUUUGGAAAGCGCCUACGACACGGAUGUAGGGACUAACUCAGUAAACAGCUACAUCCUGAGCGCGAAUGAACACUUCUCCCUGGAUGUACAGAGCGGUGGAGAGCAGAGUGUGUCUGCUGAGUUAGUGCUGCAGAAAGCUUUAGACCGAGAGAAACAGCCCGUUAUCCAGCUCACUUUGACCGCAGUAGAUGGAGGAAAACCUCCAAGAUCCGGGACAUCACUUAUCAUUGUAAAUGUGAAAGACGUUAACGAUAAUAUACCCAUUUUCAAAAAAACACUUUAUAAAGCUCGUAUUCCUGAGAAUACGCCUAUAGGUGCAUCCGUCAUCACGGUCCAAGCGAGUGACGCAGAUGAAGAUCUGAAUGGGGAAAUUGUUUAUAUUUUCAUUAACCAAAACAGUGAUAAUAACAUUGCCGCAUUUGCCAUUAAUGCAGCUACCGGUGAAAUAACGGUUAAAAGCGAGUUGGAUCACGAAAAAAACAAUGCUGUUGAAAUACGUGUCCAAGCUCAAGACAGGGGACACAAUCCUAGAGCAUCUCACUGUAAAGUCCUGGUUGAAAUAACUGACGUGAAUGACAAUACACCAGAGCUAUUUAUCACUUCUUUAGUUAACGUUGUGAAAGAGGAUGCGUCAUUAGGGACAACGGUUGGUCUGAUAACAGCGAAAGACAAUGACGCAGGCACAAAUGGCGCUGUGCAGGUUAAAAUACUAGGCUCUGUGCCAUUCACGAUAAACAACUCAUACAAGAAUCAUUAUUCCUUAGUGGUUGAUGGACCUCUUGACAGAGAGAGCGCUUCUCAGUACAAUGUCACUAUCACAGCUACGGAUGAAGGGACCCCGCCUCUCUCCAGCACCAGCGUUAUUACUGUACACGUUUCUGAUGUGAAUGACAACGCUCCUCGCUUCUCAGAACCCGUGAUUAAUAUUUAUGUGAAAGAGAACAGUCCGGUAGGUGACGUCAUUUAUACGAUGUCUGCUUUUGACCCAGAUUCAGAUGAAAAUGCAAAGAUGACGCAUUCGUUAUUAGAUAAAAUCGUUUCAAUAUCAUCAUCUGUAAAUAUAAACUCAGAUACUGGAGAUAUAAUCAGUCUGCAGUCUUUUAACUAUGAGGAGAUACAAACUUUCCAGUUUAAAGUUCAGGCCACAGACUCUGGUGUUCCUCCACUCAGCAGCAACGUGACUGUGAACGUUUUUAUCCUGGAUGAGAAUGACAACAGUCCUGGGAUUCUCGCGCCCUAUUCUGAACACGGCUCCGUUAACGCUGAGAACGUUCCCUAUUCUGCUGAAGCGGGCUACUUUGUGGCCAAGAUCAGGGCUGUAGACGCCGACUCUGGCUACAAUGCGCUGCUUUCUUAUCACAUCUCUGAGCCCAAGGGAACCAACCUCUUCCGAAUCGGAACCAGCACCGGGGAACUGAGGACUAAGAGGCGAAUGAGUGACAAUGACCUGAAAACUCACCCGUUGGUCGUGUUGGUUUCUGAUAACGGAGAACCCUCACUGUCAGCGACUGUGUCUAUUGAUGUAGUGGUGGUUGAAAGUACAGGUGAAAUCCAGACUCAAUUCAGAAAUGUGCCGAGAAAGGAGGAGAACUUCUCUGAUUUGAAUCUGUAUUUGUUGAUCGCCAUUGCCUCGGUGUCAAUUAUAUUUUUACUGAGCCUCAUCAGUUUAAUAGCUGUAAAAUGCCACAGGACAGACGACAGUUUCAGAAGGUACAGCGCCCCAGUGAUCACCACACACCCUGACGGAAGCUGGUCUUACUCUAAAUCUACUCAGCAGUAUGACGUGUGUUUCAGCUCAGACACACUGAAGAGUGACGUAGUGGUUUUCCCCGCUCCGUAUCCACCUGCAGAUGCAGAACUGAUCAGUAUUAAUGAAAAUGACACGUUUAACAGAACACAAACGCUUCCUAAUAAAGAUAAGGUGCUGAAGGCGGGCUAA